AUGUUCCGCAAGACCAUUGCCGCCCUCGCGGCCGUCUCUGCCCUCACUGGGCAGGUCUCGGCCUCUAACCACCGCCACAAUCAUCGCGGCGAGGCUCACAAGCGAGAGGUCGUUCACAAAGUAGAGACCAUCACCUCGACCGUCGUCGAAUAUCACAAGCCGGACGCCGGGAAAGACUUUGUCUAUAAUGUCAAGCCGGCACCGCCCCAGCAAGCCGCUCCGCCUGUAGAUGCGGCCCAGGCCCAGGCUCAGGCUCAGGCUCAGGCUCAGGCUCAGGCUCAGGCUCAGGCUCAGGCCCAGGCUCAAGCUCAGGCUCAGGCUCAGGCUCAGACUUCUCCUGCUCCUGCUCCUGCUCCUGCUCCUGCUCCUGCUCCUGCUCCUGCUCCUGCUCCUGCUCCUGCUCCUGCUCCUGCUCCUGCUCCUGCUCCUGCACAGGCUGGCGGUUCUCCCUUCCCCGGUGGAAAACGAGGCAUUGCAUUCGAGAGUCUGGAUGCGGCCAAUACACUCAAGAAAUCCUGCGACACAUGCUCCUGGGGCUAUAACUGGCAACCGACUUGCCCCAGCGGCGUCAACGCCGGCUUUACCUACAUUCCCACCUUGUGGGGCAGCGAUGAUAAACGUAGAACUGCCUGGCCCGCUAUCGCCGAGCAGGCCAUUGCGGCAGGCUCCAAGAUCUUUUUCAGCUUCAACGAACCCGAUAUUCCGGAGCAGUCCAACUUAACUCCCCAACAGGCUGCCGUCGACUUCGUCGCUCUCAUGAAUCCUUAUAAGAAAGAUAAUAUCACACUCGGCGCCCCGUCCGUCAGCAACGCUGGCGGCGAGGCAAACAAGGGUCUCGAUUGGCUCAAAAAUUUCCUGGCGGCCUGCAAGCAGCUGCCGGAGCCAUGUGUAAUCGAUUUCUGCAACGUCCACUGGUACUCCGGGUUCAAAUUCAGAGAGACCCUCUUCACGCACCUCGCAGAUGCCUAUACGAUUUGUGAUAAUAAGCCUAUUUGGCUGACCGAGUUUGCCCCCAACGACGGGGAUGUCAACCAGUUCAUGGCGGAAGUUAUCCCGCGGUUGGACAAGCUCGACUAUCUUCACGGCUACUCGUACUUCAAAGCCGAAAAACUGGUGAAUGGCGCCAGCGUCAAUGAAAACGGCGGCGCAUACGCUUCGGUUCACUGA